CGACAAGCGCUGUUGUCUGCUUACACGAUAACAAUACACGAGUCCGCGGGAUGAUGUCAUGUCCUCAAGGGUCCAGCAUGGGUAUCAACGGAUGUGAACAUGUGCUGACUUAUGUCCGUUGUUUAAUCACUUGUCCACGGUUAUUCCGAGAACGAGGGCGGUAAUGAGAAAGAAGGUGUGACAUCGCUGCUUCUACAGAUGAUUACAUAAACAACAUUAACAUGGACACUAGCUUUUCCACGCCACAUGACGGCGUGAUAGUCAUCCCUUAUGACCUUGACCUUUCCUUUGAAGGUCACAACGAGAGUCCGCGUUUGACAUAUAGGACACACUCCGGAACUGCCUCUGUCGGAACAUAUGAUGAUGACGGUCAAAGUUCAGUGACGUCAUUCCAAUUUCCACCCAAUCACAAUGCAGAUACAGAAUACAGUCGCCAGUCAUGUCCAAGCUCCAACCUACAUUUUCACCCGGUGCGGUUAAAAAGAAAGUCAGUGUUUGUUACGUAUUUCCUGGCAUUAUUUUUGGGAAUAGUUGGUGCUCAUCAUUUUUACCUCGGUCGUCCUAAAUUUGGGACACUGUACAUAUUCACAGCGGGACUGCUUGGUCUAGGGUAUGUGGUGGAUCUGAUACGUGUACCGUGGUUGGUUGACAAUGCCAACCUUGAGCUUCUUCAUCCUGAACUGCGAGGAAGGAAGUAUCUGAUGGACGCUUAUCUACUCUGGUUACCUCCCUUUGGACUUUUAGGCUUCCAUCACAUCUACCUGGGCAAUAUCUACACUGCUAUCGUCUACAUGAUAUCACUUGGCGCACUAGUUCUCGGCUGGCUGUUAGAUAUAUGCUUCGUCCCGCUCAUCUGGAUGAAGAUAGCAAACUCGGAUUAUCAAGAGGUUAUUUCAACUGUAAACACCCACAGUUAUCCAACAGACAAUACGGACAUGGUCACACAACCAGAUGGACUGUCAUCACGUGAUUGUGUGGUUGUGAUGUCACCUGAUGCCAUGGCAACGAGUGAUGGAGGUGGAGUGCCCCCUGCUACGCUGAUGCUGUCUCCGCCGCCGUAUACAGAAGUGGAUGAACUCGGUGGGGAUGCCCGCAGCCCACCUUCCUAUGACGAGGUACUAGCGAUGUGCGCGCGGGAGAGUACCACGUGACAACAUUCAUGCCAGCCAUGCCUGGAUUAAGGUGUUCGCAAGUUGAUGUCAAGACAGUUUAAGGGACAUAUGUUGUGAUACUUCUGGUCAUCAAUUGAGUUUACAAUUAAAGUGUUUUCAAUAUA